UUCACGUUUUAGCAGAAGCUUGAAACAAUUUUCUAGUUAAGAAAUUUGUGUACAUUAUAACGGGAUCAGGAUAUCUAAAAAAGAAUUUCAAACCAUGGUUAUUAAAUAUAAUUAAUAAAUAUAUCGAUCAUGAGUUUUAUUUAUAUAUAAAUAAGUACUACUCGAUUUGAUCUGCGAUCACGUGUUUGGCGAUGCGUGACGUGCAUAUCAAUUGGGAUUACAGUCUUCGACCUAGAUGUUUCAUAAAUAAUCAAAACAUGUAACAUGUCCAAUAAAUCUGGUGUUAAGUUGCGAUAAACUGGAAAGGUAAUAAGGUUCGAAAAAGAUUAUAAAACUAAAAUGAGCAAACAACAGUGCUGCUUAUUGUAUUCUACCUAACAGUGGGAUUCGUACUGUAACAAAAAACAUACACCAACAACAUUCUGUGUACUGAAGAGUUGUGAGUUUGUACUCACUGAUAUUUAGUGGAGUGUAACCCUCACACAAGAUGGAGUGGGCGAUCAUGAACUUUGGGGGCCUGAAUGGCCUGAUGGGGACCCUGGGAUACGUGGAGGAGGAUCAGUACAUUGUGGAUGAUGACUGCCUUGAGAGUCUGGAGAUGAUGCUGUGUCAGCUGGAGGAAGAUGACCCAGUUAGGAGAGAGACCCUCAGACAGAUGGCCAAUUCCAACAUUAUACAGAAGGAGCUAGUUCCUCUUGUGUCACAUCUGAAAGAUGACCCUGAUAUUUUCCACAUGGCUAUCAAGUUGCUGGUAGCCCUCACACGCCCAGUGGAAUGUCUACAACAGGAGAUCACCAAAGGUCAUUCCAAGGGUCAUGCCAAGGUCACCAACAUUGACCUGCCCUGGGUGGAGGAAGUGGGAGGUUUUUUGGGUCGUGCAAAAUCCUGCUGUGCCAACGCAGUGUUUAUCAGGGCCAUCUACACUGAGGUCAAGAAGAUCAUCAGUGAUUCUGGAGAAUAUGACCUAGUGGAGGAGGACUGCCAGUCCAUUAAGACGUGCCUGGUGCUGCUACGUAACCUGCUUCAUGUACCCAGCACACAGACAGAUGGAGGACAGAACGACAUACACCUCGCAUUCCUAAGCUCCCUUUUGGAGAAUGGCUUGGAUGACUUAGUUCUUACCUUGCUGAACACAAAACAGAAGGAAUACUGGGGUGCCACCUUAGUCCAGCUAGUCUCGCUUCUCUAUAGAGACCUGGUUGGAGAAGUUUUCCUUGCAUUAGAAGACAUGGGGAUGUGUGAUGCUGAUUCUUGUGACUCCGCCACAUGUUCCCACUGCGAAAACAGCAUGGACCGUUGCAUGUUAUAUCCAGGAAAACUUGACCAUAACACCCAGACAGAGAAUGGGGAGGGCUGGUCAGAUAUUAGUGGAAGCCAGGCAGGGCAGGACAGAUGUAAAUCGGUCAGUGAACAAACAGUAAAAUGUGAACAGAGGUCUACGCGAACAUGUGGUAGUAGCUUGCUUGAGAGUUUCGGCACAAAAUGUCGGUUGUCGAAUGAGGACGUGGAGGCGAAUGCACGAAAAUUAGCUGCAAAUAAACAUGGUGGCAGUGGAAGUGGUAUUGUACGUAGCAACUCAGCAAACAGUAUGUCUGAUAAUUCAACCAUACAGGCAUCUGAGACAGAGAAAAUGGCCACCUCUGAAUCAAGCAUGGAGCGAAAAUCUAGCGGCUACGGGACCAACAGCUUUGUGGAUAACACUUGUGAUCGUCUAGUUGACUUCACAAAUAACUUCCUUGAAAAUGGGGUCUCUAACCUUGUAAACAUACUGCAGGAUGAGAUUCUGGCCCCACAGUCAUCAUCAGAGCUGGACGACUCGUACUUCCUGUGGAGUGUAGCCUUCUUCCUGAAGUUUGCACGCCGGAAAGAGAUCGAGUUCCGCAAGAUCAGGGACAUUCUCACAGAGGACGUGUUUGGAUUCCUGGUGUAUGAAGCAGUCAGUAACGGGGAGGAAGUCAUGCAUGCGUUCAAGAAUGACAACUCCUACGAGCUCAGUAUGCGCAGGCUGCAUUUGGCGGUGACAGCAUUGCGAGAGAUGAUCAAAACGAUGACAUUCCACAUCAUGAAGGGGCUGGCAGGUGAUGACCUGACCUACAUUCAACAGCUGCAAAGAAAGCUAGCCAACAUGACAGAUCUAAGACAGUCGUUUCUGUGGUUGUUGAAGACAUACGAGCCUGGUUGUCAUAGUAACCUGUACCUGCGUGACAUCAUCGUGACCAAUCACUACUUCCUGUUGUUGUUGGAGGACUGGCUGGCUCGGGGAUUGUGUGAUGACCGCAGCGUCACCAUGAUAUCUCACAUUAAGCAGUUUUCCCAGCCAGCUUUGAUGCUCAAGUACAGCCAGUUGUUGCAGCGAUACGGCGAGAACGACCACCAUGUGAACAACUGUGCGUUCACGAUGAUGUACCACGUGGCGGGAGACUGCAAGAACCACGAGGCUCUCAUGCAUCCAGAGAUCCUUCAGACCUUCAUCAAUAUCCUUGACAGCAACCUACCCCUCACUUAUGAGAUGAAUGACUUAAUGGAGUACAUCAUACAGAAGUUCCUGGCCCUGGCUGAGACUGAUCCCCUUGUGUGUGCCGUCAACUUUGGACUCGAUAACAUCUCUCCACCCAAUGAACGUGUUGACAUGGACAAUGACAGUGACGCGCUGGAUCAUGGCUGGACCAUUCAGGAGAUAGACCUUCUCACCAGCUGGUGGGGUGAGCUGGAGGGACGCAGUGAUGCCAUCGACGAGGUGGCACGCAGGCUACUUGACAAGGGCAUACGCAAACUGAAAAUUGAGGUUGUCAACCAGCUGUACAAGAUGGACUGGCUGUCAGAGAGCCAGCUGGAGCGGUUCAUAGCAACAGAGAAGGGUUUCAUGCAACAGACUGUUGUGAAGAACUACGAGCUCUCCACCAAGGGUGAUCAGUUCUUAUCUGCCUUGGAAGAGCUCUCUCGAAUGGAGGAGGAAAAAGUGGUCCCAUUCUGCCUACGAAAGCUGGAGGAAGAGGGAUAUGACAAACAGCUGCAGCAUGUGCGCAACUGUCUUUUGGAGACUGCCUUUGUGAAAUCAGGAGCUGUACUGCCGGGCUCCAGGAUAGAGCCAGUGAUCAAGUAUUUUGCACUUAAGAAGAAAGACGUGCCUUUGGUCAUGUACAAUGAGGAGCAGGUGUCACUAAUGCAGAACCCUUACAUGAUCGGCCUACUGGAACAGCUGGGACUACACGUGGAUGAGGAGGGGCUGAGGUUCCCCAGGAUUCCUGCAGACGUUGAGGUGGCAGAGUUGCUGCAGAUGGCGGGAAAGAUUAGCAAACUGGAUGAUGAAAUAGUACAGUGUUUCAAUCACGCAAUGUCAGGCAUGGAAAAAUUCACAGAUGUCAAGGACACAACAGAUUUGAAUGAGAAGAAACCUUCACGACAACCAUUCCAGACGCCAGCAGUAGGGUGGAUGAAACUCGUUAGCAGCUACAACAAAGCGGAGACUUCUACUGGGUCAUACGAAAGAAUGGACACCAUGUAGCCUGCUCAGGGUGGUGUAUAUUCGAUCUGUGACUUGACGGAUAUUCAUGAAGACACGGUGCUAGACAGUUUUGCAGAUAUUUUAGUGAAUGUUUUGGUGUGCUUUGUUAAUUAUCUGUACUUUAUUGACUUUUGGUCUUAAGUGUAUCAGUAAACUUUUGCUCUGUCCAUUUGAAACAUUGGAUGGCUUGAAGGCUACUGUACUUAUUUUCUUUAUUAGUCUAUAUUUAGUGUAUAAGUGUAUAAGUCAUCGCCUUUUUUGCUUUGACUUACAUUAAAAUAUUAAAAUUAAACUUUUAACGUCUGUUAUAAAUAUAUGAAAAUAUGUUUGGAAGUUAAUGUUAUUUAACUUUGGUCUCGUAAUGCUCUAAAGAAAGUACAGACAGUAUGUGGAUGACCAUAUUGUGUUAGUGAUUUUUAUGAACAGUAUUUUGUGAUAAAGUGUAUGUAAAUAGGUUGUUAUUAAUCACUCUGUGUGUUCAAGUGGGAUUUGAAGUUUUUUGUUUUUCUUCUGUAACAAGUAUAUGUUGAUCAAAGAUUGAAAUUUUUACUGCAUACCAGUAUAUGAAAUAAAUUACGUAAAAAUCAGGUACUCUCCUUAAAAAGUGUUAAUACUUUUUGAGUUAUAGAAAUCAUUUUUUAAUUAAAGCAAAAAUAAAUAAGUGAUUUGUGUACAUGUAUAUCAGAAAUGUCAUAGGUGGUCCUUGGAAGAACUGAGCUAUAUUUAGAAUUGCUACUAGCAGUCUACCAGGAGAUCACAUGAGUGGCAUUCUGAGAAAACAUAUCUUAAUGCACAUGCAUAAAGUUUCACCCCCGAUUAGUCUGUGCAGUUUGCACAGGCUUAUCAGGGACAACACUUUACGCUGUUUUGGAAUUUUGUGUUUAUAGUUAGUCUCUUUAUAGCAGAAAGCCAGUUAAGGCAGAAAGUGCUGUCCCUAAUCUGUGACGAUUCUUUACGCACAUGGAUUAAGCCCCUUUAUCCCAGAAUGAGGCUCGCUCAUAUAAUUCCUGAUUAAGCAGUCAUGUAUAAUGUAUAUAGGCAUGAUUCAAUUGUUCAGGGUUAUGGUGUCGGGUUGUUAUUGUUUAUUUAUUUUUUUCAUAGCAUAUUUUCCUAGAUUUGUCUGUUUGUUUUUAUUUGUUUCAUUAUGUUUUCUCUAAAGGUUACUGAAUGCUCUUUACAUAUUGUAUUAUUAUUUUCACUCUUUUAUAUGUUGUUAACAAACUUUUUUCACUGCUUCUAGUUUGGACCAUGUUGACGCUAUUGUAUUGACUAAGAUGAUUCACUCCUUGUUGUCUUACAUGUUGUUAUUGUGAAUCUGUAUUCCAUCUAUGUUGAUGGUUUUUGUUAAUAUGUAAUUUCAUAAACAAUUGUUUACUUCUUACAAUUAAACAAACAAAUUGUUUGCUGUUAUAUCUAGGUAGAUGAAGUAGAAAUCCAACUUGUUGAUGAAUGGAAAAUUAACUUUUCUCAUUUGAUGUUGAUGUCUUUUUCCAAAAUUAUUUUAUUCUAGUUUUUAAAUCAAUUUCAUGGUUGACAAAUGCCUUCACUGUUAAAUAAUAAUCUUACUUGAGGAGUUUAAAGUUUAUAUUUAUUGUACAAUUUGAAUUUAUGUGUAAUAUAAAACUAAAGGAAAACCACGUUUUCUAAAGCAUUAGACAAUGGUGUACAUAUUUGAGCAUAGAGUGACUUGUAAAUAAGGAAAUGUACUGUUGAAACAUGUCUUAUAUCUUAAGAGGACAUCGGCUUUUAUAUUUUCACAAAAAUAUUUUCUAUGUUGUUGUUUUUCAUUUGCAUGUAAUUUGUAUGUAUAUUGAACAUAUCGUCAGAAUAGUAUAUAAUUUUGAUUGAUUUAUCAUUUUUUAUUUGAUAUUUGUCGUGUCUUUAUUCACAGAUUGUACUACGUAUGUAUUAUAUUUCGAUGAACUGUUUACACUUUGCUCCUUUCUACUUGUGAACAUAUUAGGGCAAUGUUGUACACGUACUGACAUGUAUUUAAUAGCUUUAUAUUUGUCUCUUGCAUUUUUCUCCACUUAUUACUUUUGCAAUGUUACAUAUUGUUGCAAUACCUAAAGAUGAGACUAUAGAUAUUGCAGAUGAGAUGAUUAUGAUAUUAGCAUCUUUGUGUACAGCCUAGUUAAUAUUGUUUAGCUUUUCAUUUCCGUUUCCCACUGGAUAUUCAUUUUUAGCGAGGCUGUUUUCGGAGAAAAUCUGAGCUAUUGUCAUAGCCAGCUUGUCGUCUGCUGUCCGCCGUCCGCCGUAGGCGUCGUGCUUAAACCUUAACAUUGGUCAUAACUUUUUAAAUAUUGAAGAUAGCACCUUGAUAUUUGGCUUGCAUGUGCAUCUCAUGGAGCUGCACAUUUUGAGUGGUAAAAUUUCAAGGUGAACAUCAUCUUUCAAGGUCUAGGGUCGAAAAAACAAAGUCAAGGGAAGUAAUAAGCUUUAAAUGGACAUAGUUAUCUGACCUGCCCACAUAUAUAUUUUUGUUAAAUAAAUCAAAGCGGUGCAGUAGGCGGCAUUGUGUUUCUGACAAACACAUUGUGGUAAAAGGUCAAGGUCAUCAUUUACGGUCUAUGGUAAAAAAUACAGAUUUAAGGAAAGUAAUAAGCUUUAAAAAGGGAGAAAAUUAUUCAAUAUUGAACAUAGCCACUUUAUAUAUUUGGCAUGCAUGUGUAUCUCAUGGAGCUGCACAUUUUGAGUGGUGAAUCUACAGUCACGAUAGUGGCUUUUAAUUAUUUGCUACUAAAAAUAGAGAUUUGUUAACAGACAAUUAUUUUCAAGGGAAGUAAUUUAUAUAAUUAUAAAUCUCAUAUUAUAUAUUUCCUUACCAAGAAUUGAAGUUCUUUUCACAGUUACUGCAGAUUUAUUAUUUUGUAUAUUUAUAACCCAAAUGAUUGAUUUGUCAAUUUUUUUUUUAAAUGAUAUAAUUAUAAUUUCUUUGAUGUUCAUUACAUACCUGUGGACUUAUGUCCAUAGAUACAUGAUCAACUCUGGCUAUGAUUUCUUUUAAACCACAGGCCUUGGUUGUCAGUGAUGUCUGACAUGGUCUUAAUUGACUGUGAGACCUUCACCACCUCCCCCCCCCCCUGGUUGGAUUGGACAAAAUUCAAGGGAAGUAAUAACCUUUAAAGAGAGAUGAUUUCUAUACCUGCCAAAUGCUAAAUAGAAAUUUUAUUUCAAUGCGGCGCAGUAGGGGGUAUUGUGUUCUGGACAAACACAUCUCUUGUUGGGUCACUAGGUCAAAGGUCAAGGUCACUGGGACCUCUAAAAAAAAUCUGACAAGCUUUCGCAGCCGGGCAUGGCACCCGUUAUGCGGUGCUCUUGUAGUAUAUAUAAUUCACAAUGGUGUUUAGAGAAAGUAACACGAAAGAGACUGAAUCACAAUUUUUCCUUUUAAAAAAUGACAUAAUAUGUACUGUCCGUAAAGAAUCAGAAUUUGAAUUAAAGAGCACAAAGUCACGAAAUGUUUAUGAAUUUAGCCAAAGCAGACUGUUAGAAGGGGUGCGACCAUUCAGUUGUAUGCCCUUUAUCAAAUAUGUCCCACCCUUUUUUUUCACUCUUUAGCAUCAAAUUAUUGUUAUUUGACCAUUCAACCAUUUUUGCAGGUAGGAGGUCACCCUGCCUUUUGUACCCCACAAAAAGGAUACAACAAUUGUAUUUAAUUCUCCUAUUAAAAAUUAAGUGAAUGAACAAAUUUUACUGCUCUCAGUCAGUCAGUUAAAGACAGGCAUUCCAAGUACAUCUCUUAACAAUGCUAGUGAUGUGAUGUUGUCUUUAUGGUUUGCUUGAGACAUUGACAACCCCCUGCUAGUACUGUUUCUCUAGUGGUGUACAUGGAAUGUAUAUUAUUGUAGCAAUCGUGUUGUGACAUAAUUUUCCAAAAGUGGAUGUGUUCUGAUAAUCAAUGGUCUUGUACAAUGUACUGGUAAUCUUGUUGUAGUAAACAAAUUUAUAAAAAGCC